CCAAAAAGCUUGUUUCUGUGCUGUAGUUUCUAUGGUUUCUAUGGUUUAACAGCACACAAGGUUUGAUUCAGAUCUGAGCAGAGUCCAGAUUCUCUGAUCCAAUCAGCGCUGCCGCUUGUGACGUCAGCAUCCAAUUAUCUGACGCGCAAACCCGGAAGUGCGGCUCAGUCUCCGAGUGUAACAGAGAUCGGCGCUGCUCUCUGUCGGGAUGUCGGGACUGCCCUUCGCAGCGCUCCUUCUGUGUCUCUGCAUAACGGCGGGUGAGUCCCAGCAGUUUACUAUUACCGUUGAGAACAGCCAGAUAAAUGUCCCCGUUGGGGGUGAUGCGCUUUUUUCAGUGCGGCCGUCGUCCAAGGUCAGAAGUGGAGACUGGUCUAUUAAUGGGAUUUUAGUCGUCCGGUGGAUCGAUCAGACCGGGUCUAUUGACAAUGAGUACAGAUCGCGGGCAGAGUUAUUCAUGACUAACGGGUCGCUUCUGCUGAAAUCGGUGAACGUGCGGGACAGCGGGGAAUACCGUGUGAAUAUGGUUCCAGUCAGUGGCUCCCAAUCCUCAGCGACCAUCACUCUGCGUGUUAGUGCAAAAACAGAUGACAAUUAUACCCUCGGCUCUGGCGCAAUCGUGGGCAUUGUGCUUGGUUUACUUAUCGUGGGACUGAUUGGCGGAGUCAGUGGAUUGUUGAUCGCGAGGAAAAUUGGCGGGAUCAAAGAUAUACCACAAUCCAAGCACGACAGGAGCAUCAAUUCCGGAAGAAAGAGCACGCCGGAUACAAACACCGUGAACCCAUCGCAAAUCUAUGAAAAUUUCAUGGGGAUUGAACAGGGCACAAGGGACAAUGCAGACGAUGGAAGCUCUACUUAUAUGAUGACGUCACUGGGGAACGGAAGAGGAUGGUUGGCAGGUGAAUUGACACAGAGGAAGGACAACCAUCGAGGAAAAAGCCAUCGUUCACAAUGUCUUUCGUUAUUUCUUUAUAAUUGUUCUCCAUGUCUCCGCUACAUAGCUUCUGCGGUUAACAUCCUCACGACGAAGACAUCGCUGACGGUUGUGACUCGUUUGUACCAUAGCAGCUUAGUUCGCUCAGCUCAACCCAGACUUUACAUCCCAUAAUGUGUCACCUCCACACUGCCACCAACAUAUACCCUCUCAACGUUGCUGUGUGAUACAAUCUCUGUACCGUCCUGACCCACAUCAUGGGCCGAUAGGUUUCUGACCACUUGGUACGCUCAGAAACAUGAAAUAUCGUAGCGUGUCGCUCUCAACCCUCAGCGUCGCUCCGUUAUUCACUUGGCGUGAGGCCGGUUCAGCGGCACAAGCGGCCAAGUGGGAAUAAUUCCAUUAAUUUCACCCUCAGCGUCACGGAGCUGGCUGUGAGCAAGGGAUACGUAUUCGCGCACUGAAUACUGUGUCAGUCUCCUCGUAUUCAGCUUCCGUUAGUGUCUCAGAGCCACAAACCCAUUUGGACAGAGCGGUGGGGAUACGAGAAUGGAAGGCAGAAGUGCUUUUCCAGGGAUUAGAAAAUACCUAAUGAGCUUUAGUGUUCCAAUCAAAGCAGCAAAUAACAUAGUCUCUGUGCUCUUAGCUUCGAUUAAAGCUAUUCUACUCUGGUGCUGUUAGCAUUGCGAGUUCGGAGAUGAAGUCCGGCGUCACGUGUAAUAAAUCUGUAGAUCUCCCUAUCCAGAGUCCGGGAAGGUUAAUUGGUCAUUGUAAAGGGUCCCGUGGUUAAGUUAGUGUCAGAACAUCGAACACAGAACAUAGACAUCUACAGCAAAUUACAGGCUCUUCGGCCUACAAUGUUGUGCCGACCAUGUCACCUACUCUGGAAACUGCCUUGAAUUACCCUGCCACAUCGCCCUGUAUGUUUCUAAGCUCCAUGCGCAGAUCACAGAGACUCUUAAAAGAUCCCCACAACACGCUGGAGGAACUCAGCAGGUCGGGCAGCA